UGUCUUCACUCUUCUGUAACCUUACUCCUCAGUUUGUUUUGGUCCUACAAAAGACUGUUUAUCCUUUUCACGUGAUCAGUGAUUAAAUAGUGCGAGAAAAAAGUUGAUUUACAUGAGUUUAGCCUGUUUACAACGUAAAAUAAAAGCCGAAACCUGAUUCAGAAUGGCUAUGUUCGGUCUGCUGGCGUCUGGGCGUAUGGUCCAGACAAAUUUUGACAGGGUUGGUGAAAAACAGUUUCUGAUAACAAUACCCGAAGCUGACUCAAUAAAUCACGUUGUUGUCUUUUUAACUGGGGCUGUCGCAUUUCCCGAUGGCUUUGGCGGAUUAGUAUAUUUUUCUUGGCCCAAUUCAAACGCCCCGCCUAACUGGUGUCUCCUGGGUGUGAUCACCAAUGAAAAACCUUCCUCCAUAUUCAAGAUAUCAAAUUUGAAAAAGGACAGCCAGCCUUCCCUUCAAGAGUCAGGCUUCCUUGCAUUUGCCCAGACGAAAAUAUCGCACGUUGCUCAAAUUGGCAUCUCGAUCGAGACUGCUGAUGUGGUCCAACAGCAACACAUGCUGCUCAACGCUGAAACGACAAAAAAUCAAACACAGUUCGUCGAGUUCACUCAGAAAAUGUUGGAGAGCUUUUUCAACUAUAGCGCCAGCUUUGUUCUUACACCAUCGCCGAAUGAAGCUUACGUACCAAUGAAAGUGGUCGAAGACUGGUAUAAGAACUUUGAAAGGAAACUAGCAUUGAAUCCAUAUUUUUGGAGGAGCUCUGCUUAGCACGAUAUCAUUGGAAUAUAUUUUUCAAAUGUAUAUUUACCUCUCUCUCUCUAUUUAUUAUAUCUUUUUGCCAAAACCUUAUGCUAAAAGUUUGAAAUGGUUGGUUAUCUUCUUGAAUUUUACUAAGGGUUUUAUAGGCUGUACACAAAUAAAAGUAAUCUAAACUUUGAA